AUGGAACUUUUGCCAAAUGAGUCGGCUCGAGCAAGAAUACAAUUUGUGAUGGCGCAAAUUUCAGAGUUGCGCCGCAUUUGUGGUGUUCCAUCCAUAUCUCUGGGGAUUCUUCAUCGUGGAGAGGUCCUACACAAAGAGAGUUUUGGGGUGAGGAACGCGGAGGAGGGCUUGUCAGCAAAUGCUGACACGCUGUAUCUACUGAGCUCUCUGUCCAAAACCUUUCUAUCAGCUGCAGUUGGAAUAGCGGUUGGCGAGGGCAAAAUGGAGUGGAAAGCACCUUUGUCUCGAUAUAUCCCUGAUUUUAGGCCUUCAGAUGCAUACGGUUGUGGAAAGGCAAACAUCGUCGAUUUCUUGCGACACACCAGUGGUCUGAGCUCUCCACAGCUCCUGAUAUUGGGCCCACGAGGAACUCUGGUCCACCCCGAAGAGGAUUUCUUACAUCUCAUGAAUACGUGUCCAACACAUGACCGCGAUGGUGCUCGGCACAAUCGGUGGUGGCUCUAUAACAAUUGGGGAUAUGGUUUGGUUGCCCUCGGACUGGAACGUGUUUAUCGACAGUGUUACGCAGAUAUCAUCCAGGAUCGGAUUCUGAACCCAUUGGGGUUAGAACGGACAAGUGUCCAUGGCGUCCUCCCAAUCAGUGAGACUAACGUUGCAUACCCAUACGCCAAAUUGGAAAAUGGGAGUUUCCAUCGAUUACAAUCAGACCAGUGGAUCACCCAUCACCAUAUGCCAGCAAUUGCUGCCAUGGGAAUGCGUAGUUGCGUUAACGACAUGCUUUCAUGGGCCUCACAGAUAUUGGAUGCAGAGAGAGAUGAUCCGAAAGUGAAAGAAUCUACGCCUUUUGCUGGUGGUCCUUCAAGCAUCCUUCAUGACAUGGAUCGAAUUAGAAAAGGCCAGUGGACGCGACCAUCUUCAGUUAAGAAGCCGCUGACAAGUGAUACUGCCUACUGCAUGGGCUGGUAUAAAACAACAAUUCCCACUCCGAUGCUUGGCUUUUUAUCAUACAAUGAUAUGACACGGGACGAUUCUGACGAGACAAACCUCGAUUUUAUUAUUGGGGUAGAAUCCACAAAGAAAGAGCUUAUCGCACACAACGGGGUAUUUUGCGGCUCAAGUUGCGCAUUCUACACAUUCUCAGACACUCAGAGUGCAAUCGUAGUAUUUGCGAACGGUCAACAGGAUGCAGACGCGGCUGAAUUUGCAGCUCAAAUCAUCACGCAAGCUCUUUUUGACUUGAGCCCCAAAGUUGAUAUCCUCUCUCUAGCGCGACAGGAAGUCUUUCGUCGAAGACAGAACUUCACAGACUCGCUCUGGUUUAACUGGGAAAACGGCAGAGAUAUUGGAACGACUGAAGAACCACGAGAGCAGUACGUUGGGAAGUACGAAGGGCACGCGACGUGGCUUUCUAUUGUGAUUGGAAAAGACAAUGCUGAGCUUUGUGUGCAAUUCAACUGGAACAAGGAGUCUCUCACAGCUUUGCAAUAUUAUAAGAAGGAUACUUACAGCUUCUUCCCAACCUCUCGAGACCAAUAUCUCAAAGAUUCCAUGAUUGAAUUAAACGACCACGAACUCGCUCUCUUCUAUUUCAAGCGCAACGCAUCUGGCAAAGUGUCAAGUCUAUUCUGGAAGUGGGAUCAUGAAGGAGGUCCUAGCAUGUUUAAGAGGAAGGAUCACUGUUAUGUUGAGUGUUCUACGUCAACAUAA